CAACACCGUGAAGCGUAACACACUCCGAGGAGCGUGUUCAAGGUCGCCGCUGUUUUGCUUGCAACAACGAGCGAUGCGUCUGCAGCGGUGGUUUCUCGAAAUCUGCCAGGAACAGCAUCGCUUCCGACCACUUUUGCGCUCGAAGCUUGUCGCGCCGGGGAGGAGGGGGAAGCUGCGUCGAUUGCCCUCUUCCGUCACUUGGAAGAUGGAGAGGUUCUAGCUGCGCGCUGCCAGCUUAUAUGCAUGCGGCCUGGACGUCAACUCGCAUUAAUUGUCAAUGCUCCGGUGGCAGUCUCUCUUGCUUGUCUUCCCGCAUGUACCAGUACAUUCUUUAUGGCUUUUCAUUUCUUCUUGCUCACUGCAAGAAUCACUUUCAACCUGUAGCGGUCGCGCAGUGCGAACGGCUAGCAAAGUUCACCGAGGUGUGGCACUGUGAUUCACAUCCAGACCGAGCGUCUGCACAAGCAUUUGCAGCACACUGAGACCGACCAUAUCAAGGACAGAAUAUCGUGAUCUUAAGACAGUCCAAUUAUAUGCAAUAAACAAAUACGUCACGUGACAGGCGAGACACGGCCCGAAUGACUACUCGGUCUGAGCUUUUAAUGACAAAUGUACGGUCAUGACUGAGCGUGCAGCAAUAGUACCGAAGGUGUUGGUAUGCCAAGUGUGCGUCCGAAAGUGGAAUCUGCACAGAAGGCACCCGUUAUCGUAUGUGAAGAGCAAAACGCAGGAUCGUCCCGUUUCCGGAUGACGAACGUUGUUUUUGCGAGACAGCACGCGACGCACCGAUCGUUGUCGGAGCCCGCGGGCGCGCCGACAUCCGCGUUCGACUCCCUCGCGGUGUCGCCACGAGGAAGGGCCGCAUCGCUGCGCGCACAUCGUGACAGGGCGCCGCAUAAUGGGCGGGGAUCGCCUAAUGGAUGCUGCCGCCGGUCGCGCAGUGACCGCCGGGGUUCACGUCCGCAGGCGCGGCCUGUCCGGUUGUGACGGCGAAGGAGCAACGGCUUCCCACCCCGUCUUUGGCCACGCUUGUUUUCGUCUUCGCCGCUCCAGCGAAAGCCGCUCGAGCGGCGAGGAGGGAUGAACUUGAACGGCGCUUCCUUCCUGGCGAGGUGAUGACGCUGUCUCAGGCCGUUUACACGGGAGCGUCACGUGACCGCCUAUUUGCUUAUGUUUGUGUGCGCCGGUGUGCUUUUCUAUAAAGGGGCAAGUCGGAUGCCCAUUGCGCGCAGGCUAAUGCGAGCGCCGGCAGAGGCUUCUUCUCACGAGCAGGACAGCUAGCGCGGUGCACGGAACCGCGCACCAUGAAGCCUGUUUUGAUACUGGUGACUGUCCUUGCAUUUGCGAGCGGCGGUUCGGUGAGCCAGCAAAGGGUUGCAACGCGCACCGGCACAAGUACGCACUUCAAGACACAGGACAGCCAAGGAAACUACAGAUUCGGCUACGACGUAGUGCAUUCUUCGGGCAGCAGCUUCCACAAAGAGGAGAGCUUCCAAUGGAGUCAAGGUUGGGUCGUACGGGCUGCGAGACAUCGAUGGCCGCGUCCGCGUCGUCAACUACGUUGCGGACGCGCAAGGAUUCCGCGCCGACGUGCGCACCAACGAGCCGGGGGUGGAACCCAUGAAGGACCCCGCCGGCGCCACCAUAAGCCGCCCGCCGCCGGUCGCUGCUCUGCCGCCCGUGGAUUUCACGGCGGACGAACCGUCCAGCGCGGCGGCAGACGAGCCCUCCGACGAGGACGAAGAGGCCGUGGCUACUGCAGAACCCACGGUGAGCCUCGCCGAGAUACCUGCGACACCGGAAGGCACCGCGGAUGUGCCUGCAGCAUUGUCGACGAGCGCCACGUCGGGUCAUUCGACGGUGGUGCCUCCAGUGAGCGUCGAGCCUAUCGAAAAGCAGCCUGGUGCCGCCAAAGACACGGACACACCCGUCAGUGCCCAUGCGGGAGGCGACGUUGCCCCGCCCGCAGUUUUGACCGAUGCGGACGACGUUAGCGCGAAGCCGCCUCCUCGCCGCCGCACCAAGCCCAGGCCUCCCGUAUUCCCGCCGUCUCCAUCCGUGCCCUCGGAGUCUCCUCCUCCGGCUGCCAAAGAGAUCGGCGGGGAAUCCUCCGGUCCGUCUCCAAAAAGGCCCGGCGCCCACCGCGGCGGCACCCCUCCGAGGCGCACGGUCGAUCUGCCCAGGUACCCGUUCUACGUGGACGCAGCAGACGUGCACAUCGUCGGGCCAGCCUUUCACCACCCGGCACCGGCCGUGCCUUUCCACCGAAGGCCCGGAGGCUUCCAGGUGGCCGCUUUCCACGGGGGAUUCCCGUUCAAGGUGGCCUCCGCGAGGCCUUUCUCGCCGACCGCGUUCGGGUACUUCCCCGCCGGUGUGCCCCAGUUGCCCUUCGCCCCACGCCACCCGGCUGCCUUCCACCCGGCAUUCUACGCGAACCCCGCGUUAGCGUCGGCCUUCUUCCACUCUGCGCAACUGAGCCACGCGGGUUUUCCCUUCGGCCAGCUCAAGUGGCCCUACCACGCACCCUUUCUGCCGCCAGUUGUGGCGUUCCCCUUCUAAGGAGCACCGCAGCAGCCGCCGCACACUAUCCGACGUCAACAAAUUAUAGAACGCGCGUUCGCGUUUAUGUGCUAUUCCCACUCUGACGCUCAGUUCUGAGGCUAUAGCAGCAUCUUUGGCGGCGGAUACGUGAGGUCGCGCACGUGAGAUGCUCCACACUUAUGCUUCCCUGUUCGCGUAUCACUCCGGCCCGAUAAAGCCCCUGCAUGACGUUUUCCACCGACCAGUUCGGAAGAGCGUCGAUCAAGGGGCUUGACGGCCCGACAGCGCGCAGGGCCUCACGGUCUCAUAUACGCGAUCGUAGCUCGCCAAGAGGCAGCUGCGUGACGUCAACUUCUGUGAAACCGCGACGGAAACUCUCCCAAGGCGGACGCAUUCCGCGAUGGCUGUGCUUCCUGGCUGUCUCUCGUCGAGCAAACAUCCACUCACGAUUGCACUGCCAACUGUAAUUGCAGCGCCGCCUUUCCAAAGAACGUGCGGUGGAAUACGCUCGAGCAUUAAGGAUACCCACCGAUCUCUGAGCUUCUCACAGUUUCCCACGACACCGGUCUGCAUUCGCGCUGCCCAAACGUGUUGAGACUAUCGAGAUGCACGUUCUCUCUGGCUGCGCGCUGUCGUUUGUCAGUCUUUCAGACAAGCUUCGAGGCAAAGCGUUUCGGCUGGAAGAAGUAAGUUAGCGGCAUUCGCAGGUCUAUACAGCUGGUCAUAUAUGAACGCGGGUCGCGCUUUUCGGCACGCCUUUCUCGACCACAGAACUGCGCGUUUCAUUCCGCAGGCUUGUCGCAACUUUACAUUGCGCGGACGUUUGCUCAAGGAUAAAUCGUGCCGACGUCUUCCGGAUUCGGAGAUGUAGUUCCUGUGCUUUUUUUUUUUUCUGUCCUGGUGCCAAGGCGGCUGAAUAUGCUGCAGAAAUAAACACGUUUACUGUAUACCUGUAUGCGUCUCUGGCUUCUAUUUAUUGCAUGCGACAAAAAUAGACACCGAAAAAGGUACGGCGUAUAUACCUACUAUCGAGAAUUAGUACUUAACCGGAAAAUUCGCGCGCUUAAGCGCAAUUUGGUGCGGGAAGAAACUUACGCGUACAUAGCCGUUCUCUGAUUUUUUUUU